ACGAGAUUUGUGAAGUCCGGGGUUUUCAUUCAUCAGUCCGAGCGCAUUUACAGGCUAGACAAUGGCCACUCCGGAUGUGCGGCUCAAUCAUACAAUCUACAUCAACAACUUGAAUGAGAAAAUUAAGAAAGAUGAGUUGAAAAAGUCGCUGUACGCCAUCUUCUCACAGUUCGGACAGAUUUUGGACAUCUUGGUUGCCCGAAAUGUGAAGAUGAAGGGUCAGGCCUUUGUUAUUUUCAAAGAGGUUAACAGCGCUUCCAAUGCACUGAGAUCGAUGCAGGGAUUUCCUUUCUACGACAAACCCAUGCGUAUCCAGUAUGCCAAGACAGACUCAGACAUUAUAGCUAAAAUGAAGGGCACUUAUGUGGAGCGCGACCGUAAAAAAGAGAAGAAGAAGAUCAAAGGAGCCGACACAGCUGGAGCUAAGAAGGGUGUGCCGGGUGCUGCUGCGCCCAUGGUCGCCGGAGUACCAGCCGCCAUGCCUGGAAUGCCUCCCAUGAGCCAGGCUCCCCGUAUGAUGCACAUGCCAGGCCAGCCGCCGUAUAUGCCCCCUCCUGGUAUGAUGCCUCCUCCCGGGAUGGCGCCCGGUCAGAUACCUCCUGGUGCCAUGCCUCCUGGUCAGAUGAUGCCCGGACAGAUGGCUGGACAAAUGCCGCAGCAGGUUGCAGAAAAUCCUCCCAAUCACAUCCUCUUCCUCACCAACCUGCCAGAGGAGACAAACGAGCUCAUGCUCUCGAUGCUCUUCAACCAGUUCCCUGGGUUCAAGGAGGUGCGUUUGGUGCCUGGUCGCCACGACAUCGCCUUUGUGGAGUUUGACAAUGAAGUGCAGGCUGGCGCUGCACGAGACGCACUACAAGGCUUUAAGAUCACACAAACGAACGCCAUGAAGAUCUCAUUCGCCAAGAAAUAACACCUAAAAAACGGCCUUUUUCUUACACACACACACACGCAUGCACACAGACCUUUUUUAUUAAUGUACCGCAGUCAGCAGAAACCUGAACUAAAACUUUUAGAAAUACACGUUUACGACUCAAUUCAUCACAGGCAGAGAAUUUGUUUCUCCUUCCUCCAGGAUUACAUGUAAGUAUGAAUUUUUUUGCAUCGAGUUGCUUUGUUUCAGCAUUCAACCCUGACUGAACAGUUAAGGAAUCAACAUUCAAGUAAUAUAAUCAUAACCCUACUGAUCAGUGUCACCCGUGGUUGACCUCUUUUUUUUUUUUUUUUUUUUUUACAUAAUCAAAUUUUAUGAGCAGCUUGAUGUGUCUUCUGUUUCUUUUAACUGUUUGUCAUGAAGCAUUGCACCCAGGGUCUGGUCUACCAGACAUUGUACCUGGAGCUUUUUUCUUUUUAUAAUUAAAACUUUUCUUUGCCACGG